GGUGUGUGUUGUGUGGUCUUGUGAGACGGCGUGAGGUUGUGUGACCUUCUGUUGGUGUGGCAGUGCGACCCAGUGUGAGGGGACGGGUGCCAGGCGAGCUGCCAGCCCGAGGACCGUGUGGCCCCUGCGGCGGCUGGGUGGCCGGCUGGGUGUUCGGGGAGACGGGGCGGUCCGGGCGAGCCUGAGCGGGACUGGGAUGGAAGGGAACCUGGAGAGAGAAAGGGGGAAGGCGAGGGGUGCCCCAGCGUCAGGCCUGAGGGCAGGUGCGGAGUACGGGGGUGGCCCUCUCCGGUACAGAAGGCGGGGUUUUCCCUUCCUCUCCGGGGCUCUGCAGUUGGCGAGGAAUUGAAGAGGAAAAAGGAAGAGGAGACCUACUGUGUGCUGUUUGUCACUACGUACAACGCCUCCUGUGGAUCAUCUCGUGAUCCUCCCAGCAACUGAUAGGGAAUACGUGCCGAUUCACUGAUGAGGAGACUGGGAUUUGGUGGUUACCGAAGUCCUGGAGGUGGCAGAGCUUGAAAUUGCUCAGAAAAGUUCAGAUUGGUUUCGAGGUAGCCAUAAGCCAGGGCUACAAGCCGAGUGUUCUCUUUGGUCCAGUGUCUUCCAGACCACAUGACCCCUCUGAUGCCUACUCUGUAUAAAGAUGCCUUCCCCAAGCUCUAUUUGUCAUGACAUUGCCCUUCCAGUGAGGAGCCUGAAGGAGGAGGACAGAGAGCUGCCAUAAAUUCUUAAACUCUUAACGCCAUGUCCAAGGACUUGGUGACAUUUGGAGAUGUGGCCAUAGAUUUCUCUAAAGAGGAGUGGGAAUGGCUGAACCCUGCUCAGAGGAAUUUGUACAAGAAGGUGAUGUUGGAGAACUAUAGGAACCUGGUAUCACUGGCAGGAGUUUCAGUUUCUAAGCCAGAUGUGAUCUCACUACUGGAACACGGAAAAGAGCCCUGGAUGGUGAAGGAGGGGACAAGAGGCACAUACCCUGAUUGGGAGUAUGCACUUAAAAACAAUAAAUUUUCAUCAAAGCAAGUUAUUUAUGAAGAAUCAUCCAAAGUACUGACAAUGGGAAGAAGCCAUCUUAGUUAUAACCUUGAAUGCCCCAGUUUGAGAGGAGACUGUGGAUGUGAGGACUGGUGUAAGAACCAGGGACAUUCUAGGCAAUCGGUCACCACUCAUAAAGAAAUCCUCACUGAAGAUCAAAGUAAUGAAUAUACUAAAUCUUGGCAAACCUUCCAUCAGGAUGCAGUAUUUGAUAUAAAACAGAAUUUUCCCACCAAAGAAAGAGUACAUAAGCAUGAGCCACAAAAGAGAAGCUAUCGAAAAAAAUCUGUUGAAAUGAAACAUAAGAAAGUCUAUGUACAAAAGAAACUUUUGAAAUGUAAUGAAUGUGAGAAAGUUUUCAACCAGAGCUCAUCUCUCACUCUUCAUCAGAGAAUUCAUACUGGAGAGAAGCCCUAUGCAUGUGUUGAAUGUGGGAAAACCUUCAGCCAGAGUGCAAACCUAGCUCAACAUAAGAGAAUUCAUACUGGAGAGAGACCUUAUGAAUGUAAGGAAUGUAGGAAAGCCUUCAGCCAGAAUGCACACCUGGCUCAACAUCAGAGAGUUCAUACUGGAGAGAGACCUUAUCAGUGUAAAGAAUGUAAAAAAGCCUUCAGCCAGAUUGCACACCUGGCUCAGCAUCAGAGAGUUCAUACUGGAGAGAGACCUUUUGAAUGUAUUGAAUGUGGAAAGGCCUUCAGUAAUGGUUCAUUUCUUGCUCAGCAUCAGAGAAUUCAUACAGGAGAGAAACCUUAUGUAUGUAAUGUUUGUGGGAAAGCCUUUAGCCAUCGUGGAUACCUAAUAGUACAUCAGAGAAUUCAUACUGGAGAGAGACCUUAUGAAUGUAAGGAAUGUAGGAAAGCUUUCAGCCAAUAUGCACACCUUGCUCAACAUCAGAGAGUUCAUACUGGAGAAAAACCUUAUGAAUGUAAGGUGUGCAGGAAAGCCUUCAGCCAGAUUGCAUACCUUGAUCAACAUCAGAGGGUUCAUACUGGAGAGAAACCCUAUGAGUGUAUUGAAUGUGGGAAGGCCUUUAGCAAUAGUUCGUCACUUGCACAACAUCAGAGAAGUCAUACUGGAGAAAAACCAUAUAUGUGCAAGGAAUGUAGGAAAACUUUUAGCCAGAAUGCAGGCCUUGCUCAACAUAAGCGAAUUCAUACUGGAGAGAAACCUUAUGAAUGUAACAUUUGUGGAAAAGCCUUUAGCUAUAGUGGAUCUCUUACUCUACAUCAAAGAAUUCAUACAGGAGAGAGACCCUAUGAAUGUAAAGAUUGUAGAAAAUCUUUCAGGCAGCGUGCCCAUCUUGCCCAGCAUGAGAGAAUUCAUACCAUGGAGUCAUUCUUGACUCCUUCCUCUCCCUCACCCUCUAUGUCCAGUCAGUUGCCAAGACCUGUAGGUUUUAUCUCCUAACUAUGCCUUGAAUCAGACUCCUUUAAUCCAUUUCCAUUCCAUUAUCUUUGUCCAAUACAUGGGAAUCUAUUUCAUGUGGACUAUGGAAAUAACUUUCUGAUUGGUCUUCCUGUAUUUACCAUUUCCUUUGUCAGUUGCCUACAUUGCAAUCAAACUUGUAUUUUAAAAGUUUGAUGAUAUCACUUCUUCAUUGGUAUCCCAUAGUUCUUAGGUUAAAGCACACAUCCCUCAAAAUAGCUUAAAAGACCCCCUGUCCCAGAUACCUUGUUCCAUUAUACUUUCCAAAGUACUAUUUCAUGUAAAAUCCAUCUGAUUCUUUGGAUAACUAAGAACUCCUAUUCCAGCAUCAAACGGAUCUGGGUUCUAAUCCUUGUUCUUCCAUUUUCUAGCCCUCUAGUUUUGGAGAAACAUUUUGUUCUUUGUAAGGUUCAGUCUUAUUUAUAUUAUGGGAAUAAUAAUGGUACUACCUCAGAAGUUGAUGGGAGGAUUAAAUGAGAGAAUGCAUGUAACUUGCUCAGAGUGCCUAGCAUAACGUAACCACUUAAUAAACAUUACUGUAAAAUGAAGAGAGACUGUGGUAUACAAAGAAGACCUAAUCGUCUUAGCGAGGAUCAUCUAAAAAAAGCAGCAGCAGCUCAACCCUUAAGAGAUUAUAAAUAUUUUUAUUAGGAAUAGUAGUCAUUGUGGUUGAUUACAGUAGCACUGGUGUUAAAGACCAUGAUGAUAUAGAGUAAGCUCUGACUUUGUUAAGAAAAACUUCAUUAGAUAUUCAGCAGUUCUAAGAAGCCAGAUUUUAAAAAUAACUAAUAAUAAGUAGGCUUUACUAGGAUAUAUUCAACAUUUACGUUUAGACAAAAGCAAAAUAGAUAAUUUUUAAAAGACAAAAAGAUUCAUAACUGAAGAAUAGAAAAUAAAAUGGAAGUUUGAUUCCUCUCCUAAUUCCAGGUGGUUGAAUUAUAUUAAAUCUAUGUCGUUUAAAACUGAAAAGGUUAAGCUAGCUCUCUAAAUUUUAAUUCCAAAACUAGAAGGGAAAAGGAAACUAUAGAUCAGUACUCAUAAACUGGCUGCCCACAAACAUACUUGAUUUGGUAGUCAUCAAGUUUAAAAUGGAUAUCCCCAAAAUUAAAAAUACCUUUAUGUGGGCAUGUUUCCCAGUUCUCCACAGUUCAAACCACUCCUUCCUUUCCAUCUGACUUAUUUUACACUUUAUAUUACUUCCUGACUCCUGGAGGCUUUGAGUAUGCAAUCAAUUCAAAACCAAGUCACAUAGGAAUACAGGUACACAGCAAAUGGAUGCAAAGGAAGACUUGAACAGACACAUUAUCCUUCUGCAGGGGAAAAACUAUUCUAGAGAUGGUAGAGGCCCAAAGUUAAUUUACAGAUUCACUGUAUCUAACAAAAUCCCAAGAAGAAUGUUUUAAGGCUUGAAACACUCUGUGAAUGUGAACAUACACACAUAUACAUUCAUAUAGGUAAACAUAGAUAUAUAAAUAAAAGUAAUGUGUCACUGGCUUAA